GGCGCCCAGUCAAGAUCGACACUGCAACAGAUUUUGUCUCCAAAGGUAAUGGAAGCUGGGCAGAACUCCUGGCUGAUGACUGUGGUUUAUGGGAGCCCGGACCAUAGUCUUAGAAGGAAACUCUUUGAAGAUCUUUCUGGGGAUCGGUUUGAUCCACAAGGUCCUUGGUUGACCGUAGGUGAUUUCAAUUCGGUCACCUGCAAAGAAGAAGUUAGCAACUCAGAAUCCUAUUCUCACACAAGAUGCUCACAAUUCAAUAAUUGGAUCCAUAGCGAAAGACUUAUAGACUUAGGGUAUACUGGAUCAAGUUUUACAUGGAUGAGAGGGGUGGACAAGCCCUCCUUCAAAGCGGCUCGUUUGGAUCGCGCCCUCAGCAACAUAGAAUGGAAGCUACGCUUUCCGAAUGCAGAAGUUCAACAUUUACCUAUGAUUAAUUCAGACCAUUCGCCGCUACUUCUGAAUACUGAUCGGCUUCCCAUUGACCCAACACUUAAAAGCUUCAGAUUCAAUUCAGCAUGGAACAUUGUUGGAAACAUUAUGGUUCGGACUGUGAAGAAGUUCUUUGAUGAAGGACAUCUCCCACAUGGCUGCAACGACACUCUUCUACCAUUGAUCCCUAAGGUACCCGCCCCAGAGAAUGUGAAACAGUUUCGUCCCAUAGGCCUGUGCAACGUCUCCUACAAGUUGAUAACGAAGAUCAUGACCAUUCGGCUGAAAGAGAUUUCCAGAAAAUUAGUGGGCCAGCACCAAUCAAGUUUUAUCCCGGGAAGACAGAUUUUAGAAAACAUUCUUAUCUAUCAAGAAGUUCUAAAUUCAAUGAGAAACAAAAAAAGGAAAAACAGGUUGGAUGCUGAUGAAAGUUGAUCUGGAAAAGGCAUAUGACCGGCUU